UAAAAAGAAGUGGAGCUUAAUCAUAAGACUGCUACGCGGAGCAUAACCACCUUCUCUCUCACUCGUCUCUAAUUAUUUCACACCACAGUUGUUCAUUUUAUACACAUUUUUCUUUUUCUUCUCUCUAUCAAAAUUCAAAAGCAGCGACUUUUAUUGCAGAAAAAAAAAAGAAUCUCAUUAUGAUUGUUGGAUAGGAAUAAUAAAGCUCAUAGAUUCCAUUUUACCAAACUCUAAUUCUUUAUUUAAUUACAUUCUUUCGCUUAAUUUAAGUUUUUGUUCGAUCUGAGUCCAACUUCCACUCCUUUGAUCCAAUUUAGUGUUGAAUUUAGGGUUUUGUGAAUUGUGAAACAAAGCCCUCAAAUUAUGUCUCCUUUAAAUGGGAAUGGGACAUCACCAAUAAGAGGAGGAGGAGGAGGAAGUAAUGGCAAGAAUUAUAUAAAGCAUCAGGUCUCCAAGAUGGAUACUCUUGCUGGUGUUGCCAUUAAAUAUGGAGUUGAGGUGGCUGACAUCAAAAGAUUGAAUGGGUUGGCUUCUGAUCUUCAAAUGUUUGCUUUAAAGACUUUGCUCAUACCAUUACCAGGGAGACAUCCACCUUCUCCCAUUUUGUGCGGUGCUUCUGCUGAUUCUCCAGGCGAAAACAGCCUUGAUAAAACGCCAUCAUGCCCACGCUACUCUAAUGUGUUAGAUUCAUUAGAAUCGUUAAAAUUGAAACCAGCGCAGCAGAAGGCCUCUCCAGCUAUGAGCACUCUACGGAAGUAUUAUGGUCUCAACUCUUCAAAUCGAAACGGCUCAAUUGAAGGUACGGAGAUGGCCGUCUAUAGAACAGGGAGCUCUGAUCACCUGACAGAGGGGCUGCUGCACAAAAAUUCACCCGGGUCAUCAUAUCACAAUCUCAAAUCCUGGAAGUUUGCUAAUAAUUUAUCACCUGAAGAUGAAAUCAUGGUAGAUUACGUACCACUUGCAGAAGCUGGAGAUGGAGAAGGUGAGAAGUCUGUCCGAAGACGCCAGAAAUCUGAAGCAGAUUUUGGGUGCGGCACAUCAGAAAAGUUGUUGAAGGAAGAAACAAGUGGAAGUAGUAAUUUCUCAUCUGGGACAGGAAAGAAUUUGGCCAUGAGACCUAAAUCAGCUAGCCGAAUGAUGCUCUUCUCUGAUUCAGAGCCAGGAUGGUUGAACUCUAUUCCAGUUGGUUUGGGAGAUUCUGUAAUUAUCGACGGAUUUCGUAAAUCAUCAAGCACACCAAGUCUGCAUGACCAGGAGAAUGGAAAUUCCUCUUUGGCUUGGCCAACUCCGAAGUGGAGUUUGAAAGCAGAUUUGCAAGCUCUCUCAACCACCGGAAUCACGCUACCUAUCUUUGAUGGGUUACCGAAGCCAAUAACUGGACGCUGGAGCAAAGCCGCACUUGAUUAGCUCGACUUAUUUGCACAUUCUGCUGGAAUUUUAUUGAUCUGUAUUUGGAUUAAUUGGGAAUGGAGUAUCAAAGCCACCCACUAGCAUAUGCCCUAUAGCUGCAAAGGGAUACAGAAAGCAAGCAGCCUGAGAAACAGAAAGGUUACCAGGAAUCAUAGUAUUAGAUUAUUUAUUUUGAUGGAAAUCAAAGCUGCAAGGCUCAAGUUGUCAGCUUUACCUUGCCAUUUUUAAGGUUGGUGAUCAAUAAUCUGGCAAUGUAGUAAUAUAAUGUAUACAAAAGCCAUUUGUUUUACACAUAAUUGCUCCAAUUGUUUCAUUUUGUCCUCAUUUGGAAAAGGAUGUAUAAUAUAACAUUGUUUCUAUACCCAAACUUGUCCUUGUAUGUUUGGAUGACUAUUAGGUAAAAUAUAUAUUUGGAUAUAUGUACUAUCAUUUUUGGCAUUA